AUGGCAUCUUUUCGACAGUCGGCCUCGGUCGCCUCCUCUAAUUUCCGUUUGGCUCAAUCCGUCGCUUCCGUACAGACAUGUAGCCGAUUCUCUCCAGUCUAUUCCUUUUCUCAUCUUCGCGCCUCAUAUCGUUCAUCCACACCUCAAAUUUCCCCGCCUGCUCAGCAAAGUCGGGGCUUUCUCACCCAACUCCGUCGCGAGGCGCAAGCGCUUAAGGAGCAGCCCAUUUCACAGACCGCGCCACUGCCCAAGAAUGGCAAGCAAUUAACGCCAAAUUUAUCACUCACAAACCUCCCUUACUUUGUUCGGCGGACCGGGUCCAACCAACUUCCCGUCUAUCUCGUCACAAAAGCUGGUGGCACAAAGCAGCUUACCAAGAUUCAGAAAACCGAGGGUGACCUGGAUGCAUUCCGUAACGACUUGGCCAUUUCCCUCGGUAUUGACACUCGGAGCACCGAUGUCUCCGUCAACAGACUCACUGGUCACAUUAUUGUCAAGGGCUGGCGGAAACCCGAGAUUGUCAGAUUUCUCCAGGAACGGAACUUCUAA